UUAAUUUCUUUCCAUCUUCAAUUUGAUAUUUUAUUAUACGCUAAUAAUAUAAACAAAUUUAAUCAUAUUUACGUAAACACAUAACAUAGCAUUUUAUUAUAAAUAGUGUAUGUUAGUCUGGCCACUAUUCUUCGCCUCUACCAAACACAGAGACUUGAAGAAUCAAGGGAAAGAAGGUGCCAAUGGCAUUGACUACACCAGAAGAGGAAAAACAACACAAUAACAAUAAUGGGUGCCACAUGAACCUCGCUAUCUCCCAUUACUGCACCGGGGAGCCACAAACAAAUUUGAGUGCUGUCAUUAAUCACUAUGUCCACACUCUAAAUCACUUCAACUUUCGCAACUUGGGGUACCCCACGAAUCAGAAUUUCGACUACGAUGCAUUGACACCAUUGCUACAAUUUCACCUAAACAAUGCAGGUGAUCCAUUUGUUGGGAGCAGCUUCCGUCUAAAUUCAACAUCAUUUGAAGUUAGUGUUCUUGAUUGGUUCGCUAAUUUGUGGGACAUACAAAAGAAUAAGUAUUGGGGAUACGUCACUACUGGUGGAACUGAGGCCAAUCUUCACGCCAUUUUAGUAGGGAGAGAACAAUUUCCUGAUGGGGUUCUAUAUACUUCAGAAGAUUCACAUUAUUCAAUAUUUAAAAUUGCAAGAAUAUAUCGAAUGCAAUGUGUUGUAAUUAAAACUCUUAUCUCCGGUGAGAUUGACUGUGCUGAUCUAAAAGCUACAUUACUUCAUCACAAGGACAGGCCAGCCAUCAUCAAUCUUAACAUAGGUACAACGAUGAAAGGAGCUGUUGAUGACAUCGAUCUUGUAAUAAAAACACUUGAAGAAAGUGGUUUCCGUCGUGAUAGAUUCUACAUUCAUUGUGAUGCAGCUCUAUUUGGAAUCAUGCUCCCUUUUCUCAAAGCAGCACCAAAGAUAAUAAGUUUCAAGAAACCCAUUGGAAGUGUGAGUGUUUCGGGGCAUAAAUUCUUGGGAUGUCCAAUUCCCUGUGGGGUUGUAAUAACGCGUUCAGAAUACAUGAAUGCGUCAUCAAGGGAUAUUGAAAUCAUUGGUUCAAGGGAUGCAACAAUCACAGGUAGUCGAUGUGGACAUGCUCCAAUCUUCCUUUGGUAUGCAAUCAAAAAGAAAGGCUCAAUAGGGAUUCAAAACGAAGUGGAAAAUUGCAUAGCCAAUGCACGUUACUUGCACAAUCGACUAAGUGAUGCUGGAAUUGGUGCAAUGUUAAAUGAGCAUAGCAACAUUGUUGUGUUUGAGAGGCCUCUUGAUCAUGAAUUUAGCCGUAGGUGGAACUUGGCGUGCCAAGGGAACAUUGCACACGUGGUGGUCAUGCAGCACGUUACCAUUCAAAUGCUGGAUUCUUUUGUUAUUGAGUUUCUUCAUAAACGAUCCUUUUCACGGUUUCAGGAUUAUGGCUCUUUUCAGCCUCUAUGCAUAGCAAAACAAGUUGGCACUGCAAAUUGUUCUUGCUCAAUGCACAACUUAUAUCAUGAUUGUGCAUGCUAGCACAUUGUAUUAAGCUUAAUAAUUAUGAAUUGAAUUACAUACACCCGUUAAUCAUUUUGUAUUCUACCACCAUUAUGUCCUUCAUAAUAAUUGAUGAUACUUUUACAAGUUUUAA